AUGGAGGUAUUACUGGUGCCCGUUGAAUCAAAUCGGCGGACAAAAGGAGCACAGGUGGUGUCAUAUGGAGGUGUGGACGUCUUCAUAGAUGGAAGAGAACGACCAUUCUGUCAUGCGUAUCUGUAUUCAUCAUACUUGGAAAUAUGGAGACAUACAAAAACCCGCGUUCGCCAUUGGAAUCUUAUGAUAGGUUUUAACGCAGAAGCAAGCGUGCUAAGCUACUCAUCUACCAGGAAGAAUAUCGGAUACUUAUACGCUAUCAUGAAUGGAGCAGAAUGGAUUUACGAUGUCGACGAAAGCGUGAUUCCAUCAAAUAUUUCGCUCUCGAUGUUUGACUAUGGAGGGGGACACAGCGGGCUUCAGUAUUUAGCCGUGGAAUGUACACCUGUAAAAGAAAGGAUUUUCAACCCAUAUAUCUUUUUUGGAGGCCAUCAACACUGUCCACAUGGAUUUUUAGGGGAACAUUGUCGGAGCUUUAAGAACUGUAGGAAAUGUGUACGAUCUUGCCGUUACAUGAGGACAGCCACGAUUCAGCACGGAGUACCAGCGAGGGGAUUGAGCAAGUUCGCUCCACCUAUAAUUUUAAAAGAUACAUUCUCACCAUGGUACUCCUUUAACACGUUAUUCCAUAGAAGAGCAUUUUUUGUCUUAUUUCUUUCAACACUUGGAGGGCGAGCAUCCAUUGUGCUGCGGUCUUUCUUUGCACAAAAGCUUUUGCACAUUCUUGGAGACACUACCGCUAUUAAUCCAUUUCACGACAUUCAACAAAGAACCCUGACAACAUUUUCGGAAAACGAAACCUCUGAGAAAGCAUUCCAACCGGAUCCAAACUUCAUUAAAUUCUUAGUCUCAUGGGAAUGUCAAAACGUUAACAUAUCGGAGUGUGCGCUUGCUCUAGCAGGGGAGUUCAGGGAUCGAAGCUACUGGAAAAAUGAAGAUUAUUCGAUUUUCGAGAAGUGGAUAGACAGUCUUCGUUUUCUAAGAUACAAAUUUCCAUCAGCGGUAGAUGAUGAACCCGAUUCGCCUCAGCCACCAUAUCGGAAUUGCAGGUCCGCCUACGUCAAUUUUACUUCAACAACGAUGUUAAACACAUCGCAACCGGAUGUUGAACUAGCACGAAGAAAAUUGAAUUUCCUCAAGGAUUUGAGCGUAUGGUGCGGAAAAGCACUUCGUUCAGGUAAAAAGUUACGCUCUGUAUCUGCGAAAGAACUGGCGAUACUCCACAGCAAGAACGUUGCAUUAUCAGAGAAACUAGAUACGGUUUUGGUGAUCAUCAAUAAUUAUCCAUGGCACAUGAGUUUCGGGAUUUUACAGCGCAUCCAUCUACCGUAUUUUGGUCUUGUUAUAUUUUGUGGAACAUUUGAUGGAAGAGUGCUGAAAAAAAGAGGAUUUCCGCCAACUAUGGAUGCUUUUUCUUUCGUUGAUGUGAGUAAGGAAGAAAUAGUAAGAGGUAUUUAUCUAUACUAUUGCUUGCUGAAGGUUGCAGAAAUGAAACUACGCAAUAUUAGAGGAUAUUUUGUUACAGCUGAUGAUCUAGUUUUUAAUUUCUGGCACAAAAUCGAUUUAGAUGUUACGUAUCAUCCUCUGGGAAUAAUACCUAAAAGCGUUCCUGGAUGGUACAAUGGAACGGCUGGUACUCCGGCUUUACAAAGAGCUGUGACACUCUUCACGAAAACUUAUAAGGAUUAUCCUGCUGUGCAAGCGGUAUGGAAAAAAUAUGAAGAAGGGGUGCUAAAAUACAAGAAAGUAAAAAAUGCUUCUGAUUAUCUCAUUGCAACUAACGGUUUCGCUGCUAGCGAUUUCUUUUACGUUCCGUCAACAGAAAUCACAUUCUUUUGCGAUUUUAUGGAAAUUCUAUUCGAAGCCGGAGUCUUCAAAGGAAUUGCCGUUCUCAAAUUUCUUGCCAGUGUUAAACAUAAUGUACCACCGCAGUGCAAAGUAGCAAACCGUAUGACUCGAGAACGCUGGCCAAACUUCUACACUGGCGAUUUGAUAAUGCUACAUCCACUAAAACCCAGCACUCUCAGAAGGCGAUCCGAAAAACAAAGAUACUGCUCUGUGGUCAUAAGUACAUUCGUGGAAGCGCUGCUCAAUCCUGACACAUUUUUCUGA